CACAAACUCGAUUAUGACUGUAGUGAAGACUUUUGACGUCAGAGGGGAGAAACAUCGGUAGCUCCAAUGGAGGGAGGGCGUGAUAUGAAGCGAGGCAAUGCUAUCUUGCCAGCACUGUUAGCAAUGCUAACCGCGCAGCAGCACGUCUCUCAAAAACUAGUUUUACUCGGCUGCGUAGAGAAACAAAUGAAAAGAACAGGACAAGGGCUUGGCGAUUUUCUCCCUUCUCCGUCCUCUCCUGCCUCGAUCUCCUCUCAUCUCCAUCUCCUAGCGUGUUAGGCACGGUCUGCGCUCGAGCCCGAGGGAGGAAAAGGCAUUGCAGCUUCAUGGCACGAAGCUGCAAUGAACAACCAACUUCUAAACACUUCCCUCAACACGGCGGGCACGUGGAAUUUCCAGGAGGUGCGGAACUCGUCACCUGUGCGGACGGAGGACCUGCGGCCGCUCAUCGUUAGCCCUUGGGACAUUGCGUUGUGUGUGACUGGCACGCUAAUUUCCUGUGAGAAUGCGAUUGUAAUCGCCAUCCUGUUCUAUACGCCCACGCUGCGAGCGCCCAUGUUUAUUCUGAUAGGGAGUCUUGCUCUCGCGGACCUGCUGGCGGGCCUUGGCCUGAUCCUGAACUUUAUCUUCAUCUACAUGCUCGACACGGAGUUCGUGACACUGCUUUCCGUCGGGAUGCUCAUCUCUGCUUUCUCCGCCUCGGUACUCAACAUCUUAGCCAUCACAGUGGACCGAUACCUAUCUCUCUACAAUGCUUUGACCUACAACACGGAACGCACGGUGACUUUCACCUACGUGAUGGUGGCACUCAUUUGGAUGGUGUGCAUCACGCUCGGUCUACUGCCGGCUCUCGGUUGGAACUGUCUCCAGGACGAGGCCCGCUGCAGUAUUUGCCGCCCGGUCACCAAGAACAACGCCGUGGUCCUGGCAGUGACGUUCCUGCUCGUUUUCGCGCUCAUGAUGCAGCUGUACCUGCAGAUCUGUAAGAUCGCCUUCCGCCACGCGCAGCAGAUCGCCGUGCAGCACCAGUUUAUGGCCAUUUCCACUACCAAAGGCGUCUCUACGCUCUCCGUCAUUCUGUGCACCUUCGCGGCAUGCUGGAUGCCCUUCGCUAUGUACUCGAUAGUGGCGGACUCCAGCUACCCAAUGAUCUACACGUACGCCACUGUGCUCCCGGCCACGUGUAACUCGGUUAUAAACCCGAUCAUCUAUGCCUUCAGGAACCCGGACAUACAGAAAUCCCUGUGGUUAGCCUGCUGCGGGUGCGUCCCAUCCAACUUCUCGCUGCGGCCAAGGACAUCAAGUGAUGUGUAGGUCAAUUCACAAAUGCUCACAUGAGAUAUCAGUGUAGAGUCUGCUGUGUCUGUGUGUACCAGUAUGCCCACAUAGUGGGUGCAUCCGUGAUGGCGCAUUCCCCCACUAACUACAACAACCAACUCAAAGUUCUUAGUGCAGUAAAGUUCAUUAAGACGUCAAGCCAAACGCCAUUAGAAGAAUGCCA